AUGGAGUCUGCGUUCGACUCGUUGCAGGUGACCGUGCCCAGCGCAAAGGUCGUCGGUGAGGUCGCCGUCAACGCCCUCCACCAGCUUCCUUUCCCUCUUCUACUCGUCAUCUUCCUUGCUUGCCUGUCCCUGUUCCAGUGGCCGGCGUCAGCAUCGCCAGUCCUCCCGACGACUCAACCUCACCAGGCCCUUGUCCAACUGCCGUCCCCGCGCCCAGGCCAGUUUGUCUACCUCGACAAGCCCAGCCGCCAGCUCGUCGUCUCCGAGACCCCACUGCUCCCCCCAUCCUCUGGUCCCACCGUGUCCAGCAAACCCAGGACCAACCGUGCCCGCCAGGUGCUCCGCGCCUACCGGUCGCCCCUCGGCUGUGUACCAGAGGACAUUGAGAUGGACCCUUCCCUCGCCGUGUAG